CACGCAUCAAAGGCAUAGGAAUCACUGGAGAAGAAAGAUUUAGCCAUUAAAGGUGCACUAUUCAUAUAAUCAUACAUAAUGGCUGGAACUGGAAGUGCAAGUGCAAGCUCUAGUUCAGUUGCAAAUGUCCGAAAUGAAAAUACCCCCUUUAAAAUUGAUCAAGAUUCACCACUUUGGCAUUAUACAACAAUGAUCAAGCCAGUGUCUGGUGGUGGGGGUUUUGUUUGGCAAUGCAACCAUUGUGGCACUGAGUAUACCAGCUCAUACUUUCGAGUGAAAGGCCACCUUUGUUUCAUCCCUGGGCGUGGAAUAAAUUUUUGUAAGGGAUCAGAUGGCAAGGGGCUGUCAAAAGUUCUAGUUUUGGGAUAUAUUAGAGAACAAGAGGAAGCUGAUAGGAGAAGUAGCAAAGCAAAGACUGAUCAUCCUCUUGUCCAUCCAAGCUCAAUGUCUAAGAGGCCUUCUAGUAGCAUUGGCUCCACAAGACCAGCUGGUUCACAUCCUUUCAUGCAAAACCCACCAGUUGAUGCAGUAGAGAAUCAGAAUGUUGUGGCUUCACGGAAAAGAGGCCCAUUGGAUUUUGCCUUCAAAAAUGAACUGAGAGAGAUUGCAGAUUCCAAAAUUGGAUGUUGCCUUUAUGGCAAUGGGCUUCCUUUCAACCUUGUUAGAUCACCUUACUUUCGGGACAUGGUGCAUACUCUUUGCAAUACACCUUCUGAUUAUGUUUGUCCAGGGUAUGAAAAGGUGAGAACCACCUUAUUGGCAAAGGAGAAAGCAUCCAUAGAGUCACAGUUGAAGGUCAUCAAAGAUACAUGGCAGGAAACAGGUGUGACCAUUGUUUCUGAUGGAUAGAAAGAUUGUAAAAAUAGGCCAUUGAUCAAUGUUAUAGCAGUGUGUCCUAAAGGGGCAAUGUUUUUUAAAGCAG